UUUCUCAACCCACUAAAUUCUGUCCACUCUUAUUCAAAAAACUUUUUUUCCAAGUUUAUUCCCGCUCAACCAUGGAAGCUGAAGCUGGCCAAAAUGGGGAAACUUUGAAUGUGAAAAUCACAGCCAAAACUCACGUGAAGCCUAAGAAGAAACUUGGGAAGAAAGAACACUGUCAAUUGGUCACAUUUGAUCUACCAUAUCUGGGUUUUUACUACAAUCAGAAGGUGUUGUUUUACAAAGGGAAUAACUAUGAGGAAAUGGUGGAGAAACUUAAGGACGGGCUUGAGGUGGUUUUGGUGGAGUUCUAUCAGAUGGCUGGGAAGUUAGGGAAAGAUGAGGAGGGUGUUUUUAGAGUGGAGUAUGACGAUCAGACGGAGGGUGUUGAAGUGGUGGAAGCAGUUGCAGAUGAGAUUAGCACAGAGGAUCUAUCUGCUGAGGAAGGUACCAAUGCUUUCAAGGAGUUGAUACCUUAUAAUGGGAUCUUCAACUUGGAGGGAAUUCAUAGGCCUUUGUUGGCAGUGCAGCUAACUAAGCUGAAAGAUGGACUUGCAAUUGGCUGCGCGUUCAACCACGCGCUCCUAGAUGGAACAUCCACGUGGCAUUUCAUGAGUUCAUGGGCCGAUAUCUGCAGUGGGUCCUCCACCAUUUCGGUCCCACCGUUUCUAGACCGCACCAAAUCCCGCAACACGCGCGUUAAACUCGAUAUCCCACUGCCGUCAGAUCCAAAUACCACAUCCAACGGCGAUGCUAAUAACCAACAAGUUUCAUCCAACGGUAAGACCGAAGUAGCGGACCCACCACUCAGGGAAAGAGUCUUCAAGUUCUCCGAAUCCUCCAUCGACAAGAUCAAGUCAAAACUCAAUGCAUCGGACGGCUCAAAGCCAUUCUCCACAUUCCAAUCACUCUCCGUCCACAUCUGGCGCCACAUCACCAUCGCUCGCAAUCUGAAACCCGAAGACAUCACGGUGUUCGCCGUUUUCGCCGACUGCCGGAAACGGGUCGACGCACCGAUGCCGGAGAGCUACUUCGGGAACCUGAUCCAGGCGAUAUUCACCGGCACGGCGGCGGGAUUGCUGCUGGCGAACCCGCCGGAGUUCGGGGCGGCGAUGAUCCAGGGGGCCAUAGAAUCGCACAACGCGAAGGCGAUCGAGGAGAGGAACAAGGAGUGGGAAAGCGCGCCCAAGAUGAUCCAAUACAAGGACGCCGGACCUAACUGCGUGGCGGUGGGGAGCUCGCCGAGAUUCAAGGUCUACGAGGUGGAUUUCGGGUGGGGAAAACCGGAGGGAGUGAGGAGUGGAACCAACAACCGGUUCGACGGCAUGGUUUAUCUGUACCAGGGGAAGUCCGGCGGGAGGAGCAUCGACGUCGAGAUAAGCUUGGAAGCUGGAGCUAUGGAGAGGUUGCAGAAAGACAAGGAGUUUCUCAUGGAAGUUUAAAUUGAAUUUGCAGGUAUUUUAUUUUGUGUGGAUGGAGUUUAAUCAAUUUGAAGUUGGUAAUUAUUCUGUCUUUGUUUUAUCCAAUCUGUGCUGUGAUUUUUUAAUUCGCUAUUUGGAGUCUAUAAUAAAUAGAGAACAUAAAUCACAGCAGCAAUUGGAUAGUACUUAUCGCUGUUCGUUUUUUGUUAAAAUUUGGAAAUGGGACUUUUUUUCUAUUUUAUUGUAUGGAGAUUAUAUAUAUAUAUAUGUAUUGGUUUUUAUCAAUUAAUGGAUAAUUAUCUCAA